GCCAUAAUAAAAAAGUUUAUGGGAAAAAUGAAUGUUUUUUCUGGCGAGAAAUGGAAUGGCCUACAAAAAUACGUCAUCCCUGCGGCACUCUAUAAAGAUUAGUAAAGCCAUAAUAAUCUUUGUGAUAUUAUAUGUAAAUCAUCAAAUAUAAGAGAAGAAAGAGUGCUUUAAGAUGACUUGGAGUACUUAAGUGGAAGUGAGAAAAAUAAUGAUGAUGACUGAGAAAAGUUCAGGUUCUAAUGUUGCCUAUAGGGUUUGGUUCCUCUAACCUGCACUGAAUGGAUUUUUCCUGGGCAGGGAAAUUUUUCACAAGUUACUUUAUAUAAGCUUACAUGCUGGACACAACAGCUUAGCAAAGUUAGAGUCUGGUUGUGGUGGUUGCUGUUGUUGGGUUAUUGAAUGACCAGAAAUGUAUUUUCUUAUGUUUGAAGUCAUUGUGUUCCUUCAGUUCUCUGCUGUGGGAGCGAUCAAAACAACUGGGAGCUACUGGACACUCAAACCAAAUGUGAUUGUCGUGGAUGUGGAUGUAGCUCAAGAUAUGGACAUGAUACAAGUACCUCUGAUCUGUGGUGAAGAGUUUGAGGGAACCAACAUUACAUGGAAAAAAAAUCAAGAGGAGCUGCUGGAGGCCAGUGGAAACCAGAUUAUCGUCACGGUGGAGGGGUGGAAGGGGGCCAACUAUUCGUGUUACAACAGCGAGGGCUCCAUCCUAAAUCACACACUAGUGUUGGCUCAGUGGACUUUUAGGAAAAUUAUUAAGAACACCCCUUCGAAAGGUUACAUCCAUUGUUCAUCAAAUAACUAUGGUGGCUCCUUUAAAUGUUCCUGGACAUGGGGCGCGAACAGGGACGACCAAGUUGCUGUUGUUGCUCAUAUCAAAGUUAUGAGAUCUCACAGUGAAAGCCAGAUCAGUUGUAGUCUGGAUCCCAAGGGACAGAGUAUAACAUGCUUGGACCAACACUACUGUCCCUAUGCAGAAGAGGUUGAACGCAUCAACCUGACCAUUUACUUCAGAAGCAGCUAUGUUUUAGAAACCUACUACACAGAGUUCUACAUCAGGGAUAUUGUGAGGCCUGACACAGUGGAUAUUAGCAAGAUCAAUCAAACUUCUGUCAAACUCGACUAUCCAAACUCCUGGAACACACCAUACUCCUACUUUCCCCUCAUCUUCCAAGUGAAAGAGAUUCGCUGUCGGAAAAGCAAAAAAUGCGACUGUUCCAAACCGAACUCACAUGAGACUUAUUUAACACAAAACCAUCAGCUGUCAGUGACUAAACGCAUGACAGUGUGUGUGAGAGCACGAGAUACAUUUUGCAAUUCUCCUUGGAGUGAGUGGAGCCACUACAAAUGCAAUUCCCGGAAAGAUAGGAAGCAGAGGAACCAAGAACACAAGUUAAAUAAAAUGCAAAAAUUUAUUAUGCAUUAAAAUAAAAUAUUUAUUUAGUUUAGUAAUUUAUUUAGUUUAUUUAUUAUUUAUAAAAUAUCAAUAACACUUCAAAUUUACUACAACUACUUUAGGUUUGUGGAAUAAAACAAUUAAAGACAUAGUAUGUGUUUUUGUAAUAUUAUGUCUUACAAUAAGUUCUCUGAGGAUAAUGGUCUUAAAUUAACAAUUUAUUUUUUAUAUUUAUAAGUUCAAUAUUGUGUACACAAAUUGUAUUUGAAUUGUGACUGCAAUGAUGAUGUCUUUCAAUGAAUGUAUGUGAUAUACAACAACAAUGAUCUCAGUGUGUCUUGUGUUUCCAUUGUGUAAACGAUUUUAUGUCACACCACACGGUCAAAUUUUUUCUUCAAAAAUGAGCUCCCAAGCUGUCACUGGGGCAGUACCCAUUAUAAAGGUCCUAAUAGGUACAGAUAUGUUUACAUUUGGUACCAAUAUAUAAUAUAAAGUCUUAGGGGCGGUUUCCCGGACAGGGAUUAGAGCUGUCCACACUGAAAACAACUUGCACUG